CUUGAAGGAGCUCAUCGUCUUGAGAAAAAGACGUCUAUAUAAGUAACUUACACAUAUAGAGAAUAAGUGUUGCAGCCUAAGAAUUGUAUUUCAGUACGGUAGCUUUUUAGGGUAGAAAAGGAAUGGAGCAAGCACCUAAAUCUCCACGGCUUUCAGAGUUGUCACAAAGCAGAAUAGUCCGCCCAUGUCAUGCCCUUAAAGAUGUACAAUCAAGUCGAAUUUAGAGAACAAUUUGAGAAUGCAUAAACAACAAAAGUAUAUAAUAAAAAACCUAAAUGCCUUUAAAAUGAAAUAUAUAUACAUAUAUAUAAACGUCAAAUACGGUUUAAGUAAAACUUCUUUGGUGGUAGAAGUGGGCAUUAAUAACCAUAUCUUGGAAGUGGACCUUUAAUGAGUUCUGGGAAAGGAUAGAAGUCCUCUGAAUUUGAAAAUUUUGCCACGAUAGUAUGGUAAGAAGAUGGUGCUUAGGUGGCAUUGUUUCUUUCUUAAGGGAGCUGGAGGGCAACGUUAUCUAUUCAAGUUAAUGAUGACACUACUUUGGAGAGAUUUUGGAUCAUCAGUAAAUUUGUGCUGUUGGGUUUGAGAUACCCCAUGUUACCCCAUCACCAGAAGAGUCUGGGCAGAGAUUGGACGACACCGUGGGAGAAUCUGCAAAGGUGUUGCUGGAACAGACAUAUUUCUAGUUGUAUGAGGUGGCCUGGACAUUAUUCUCGUGCUCCUUACCCAUACUUCAGUAGUAGGCAUUUUUCACUAAAUUGGAGACCACCUUGUUUGUUUGAGUCUAGAACUCCGUUUCAGUACUGGAACUGGAGACCUGACAACCUGAGCCAGACCUCUUUGAUUCAUCUCUCUAGUUACAUCAUGAACUCUGAGGGAGAUGAACCUUCAUCAAAACGAAGAAAACACCAAGGCACAAUACAACGACAUUGGGAAUAUAUAUGUAACCAUAAUAAAGACAAGACGAAGAUCCUAGGAGACCAAAAUGUUGACCCCACAUGUGAAGACAGUGAUAACAAGUUUGACUUUUCAGUGAUGUCCUAUAAUAUACUUUCACAAGAUUUAUUGGAAGACAAUUCACACCUCUAUAGACACUGCCGGCGGCCAGUUUUACACUGGAGCUUUAGGUUUCCCAAUAUUCUGAAAGAAAUUAAACAGUUUGAUGCAGAUGUACUUUGUUUGCAAGAAGUUCAAGAAGAUCAUUAUGGAGCGGAGAUCAGGCCAAGUUUGGAAUCUUUGGGUUAUCACUGUGAAUACAAGAUGCGGACAGGAAGGAAACCUGAUGGCUGUGCCAUCUGCUUCAAACAUUCCAAAUUUGCACUCUUAUCAGUGAACCCUGUGGAAUUCUAUCGCCGUGACGUUCCUCUGUUGGACAGAGACAAUGUUGGAUUAGUGUUACUCUUGCAGCCCAAAAUUCCAAGUGCUGCCUCUCCUGUGAUCUGUGUAGCUAACACACAUCUGUUGUAUAAUCCAAGGCGAGGUGAUAUUAAGCUGACCCAGUUGGCAAUGCUUCUGGCAGAGAUUUCCAGUGUUGCCCAUCAGAAAGAUGGCAGCUUCUGCCCUAUUGUUAUGUGUGGUGACUUUAAUUCUGUUCCUGGUUCUCCGCUCUAUAGUUUUAUAAAGGAAGGAAAAUUGAAUUAUGAAGGACUUGCCAUUGGCAAGGUAUCUGGCCAGGAACAGUCUUCACGGGGACAAAGAAUUUUAUCUAUUCCAAUUUGGCCCCCAAACCUAGGUAUCUCACAGAACUGUGUGUAUGAGGUACAGCAGUUACCAAAAGUAGAAAAGACAGACAGUGAUCUGACACAGACAGAGCUGGACAAAACAGAGGUCCUAGUGACAGCUGAAAAAUUAUCUUCAAAUUUACAGCACCAUUUCAGCUUGUCAUCUGUUUAUUCACAUUAUUUUCCUGACACUGGAAUUCCAGAAGUGACCACUUGUCAUUCCCGAAGUGCCAUAACUGUGGAUUAUAUUUUCUAUUCUGCUGAAAAGGAAGAUGUUGCUGAGCAGCCAGGAUCUGAAGUUGCUCUGGUUGGUGGCUUGAAACUUCUGGCCAGACUAUCACUCCUUACGGAACAAGACUUAUGGACUGUUAAUGGACUUCCAAAUGAAAAUAACUCUUCAGAUCAUCUGCCUUUAUUGGCUAAGUUCAGACUUGAACUCUGACUCUUUGAUUACAUAUAUACUUUUCUUUCCAAUUUAUAUUCUUUUUCAAAGAAUGUAAAAUAUUUCUUGAGAGUCUGCAUGUUUAUUUUUGCGCCAUGGAGUUUCUGAAGAGGUUAUGUGAAAUGCUUGAAACAGAUGUCAGAAGAAACAAGUUUACAACAAUUUUCUUUGUAAUAACGAAAAAAUAUUUUCCUGACAUGUGAGCUCUAAACACUCCUUAUUGUAAAAGAGUUGUAAAUAUUUUUUAUUCUAAAUCCCAGUAAAAUUGACAGUGAUUUUUAAAUAUAGUGCAUCCUCUUUAGUUAGUAAAGAAUCUCAGUUGAUGUUUUUUUUUGCAAGCUUUAUGGUGGAUCCAAAGUACCUUUGAGUUCUUGCAAACCUCAACUCAUUUCCCUUCCAGAAGGCCUGAUUUCAUUGUGAGGACUUACUGUUUGUUGAGUCCUAAUUAGUUCAUCUCAGAAAUCAUUGGAUUGCUCACAAGUGUCCAACCAACCAUUUUAGUUUGGUUUUGAGGGGUCUUGAUAAUGUUUUCUAAAAUUGUGCUAAUUACUUAAUCUACCUUAUUAUUCUCCUAGGCCAUGUAAAAUUGUCUGCAUUUUGUUGGGAGAUGUAGGUCACCAUAACUAGUGGGUGAGAUGCUUUACAGGUGCCCUCUUUCCAUCUUGUGACAGACAGAGCCUGAGACCAGCAUGCCUGAGAGAGGCAGAGACUAGGUUAGAACACCUUUCUUUCCCUGGCAGUUUUUUUUUUUUUCUCUUCAGUUUCAAGAAGAGAUUCCCUAGGCUGGGGGAGAGACUUUAUUCUGUGGAAAUUUAUUAGGAAACUUGUCUUUACAACAAAGUGGCAGCUAUAAGAUUAUUUUGGUUUUGCCUCAGAGGUUUAGGAAGCCCGCAGAACUAGCAGGGAGAUACCAGCUUGGAGACUUAAUACUCUUAAGUAGUAAUUUUAACUGUCUUAGUGGUUUUGUUUCUAAGAUGUCACUUUUAUCAUGAGGCAGCAAGUGUGAGGUGGUGCUCACAUUUUUUUUGUAAAGUGGUUAAGAGCAGGCCUAGAAAGUCCCACUGUUGGCACUAUGUGAAUGUUUGGAUAAAAAAUUUUAAAACAAAAAAAGUGAACAUGUCCUCUUUUUAGACAUUAAGAUCAAAAAAGUAUGUGCAUUUUUACUAGGUAGUAAUUUUGUAUUAUACUAAAUUAUAAAAGUUUUUACAGUGGAUAUUCCUCAUAGAAUGCCUCAAAUUAGAAAGCAGUAGUUACUCCAUGUCCUGGACUUUAAAGGUUUUUGUACUAAAGUAUAUUUACUACAGUUAUUUUUUAAGAAAAUAAAUGACUACCUGAACAAGGCAUGUGUGUUAAAAGGAUUUACUAAAAAUCAUAAUAAGUAUUUUUAAAUGUUUAAUUUCUCACUUUUUUGGGUUUUUACUUACAGUAUUAACUCUAGUUCAAAAAUUUUCCACAUUUUCUAGUAAGUUUGCAGAAUAUUGUAUGUUCUAAUUAGUAGAUGUUGUCGUCAUCAAAUAAUUGUAUAAUCACCCCUUUUAAUAUUGGGGAAAAAUGAAAAUUCAUUAAUUACUGCUUUGUGUUAUGUGAGUUUACUAACAGAUAACUUUUUGUAUAGGUUAUUGUUGCUAAACUAACAUCUCUGAAAACCUCUGUGAAAGUGUAAUUUUUUAUGUCCUGAUUAAUACAUUGAUUUUAGGCCCUUUACAUGUGCUUCACUUUGUAGAGUUAAUCCAUAAAAAUGCUUUCUACUUAAGCAUAUAGGACAUGGUAUUUUGCAGACCAGAGGCCAAAGGGUCAAUAUAGCCUCACAAGUCUUUAUUUUUAUUUUUUUUUAAUUUUUAUUUAUUUAUGAUAGUCACAGAGAGAGAGAGAGAGAGGCAGAGACACAGGCAGAGGGAGAAGCAGGCUCCUUGCACUGGGAGCCCGAUGUGGGAUUCGAUCCCGGGUCUCCAGGAUCGCGCCCUGGGCCAAAGGCAGGCGCCAAACCGCUGCGCCACCCAGGGAUCCCGCCUCACAAGUCUUUAAAGCUCCACUAAAAUGAACUAUCCACUUGUCUUUACUUUUUUUGGUCAGAAAAAUCGGUAACUCUGUUGGAGCCCUGUAUUUACCUGCCCAAACAUUUAAAUCUGGUUAAUUGCUGAAGCCAAAUUGCCCCCACUCUCAAGUGUUCUACUGGCCAAGUGUUAAAAUGGAAAGAGAUGCCGUGGGGUAAGAAGUGUUGGUUUUACUUUACCUUUUGAUAUCAAGAAAACAUGCAUGUUUGAAAUCUUGUCCUUUUUUUGGAAUUUAACACCUGUUUGCUUUUAACCCUCUGCUUUCCUAAAAAGCCAAGUUAGAGAUCCAGAGAGUUCAAGGGAUUGGGGAAACAGAGAAGUCAAGUUAUUGGCACUUUGUCUCAGUGAAUCACCUAAUAAAUUAUUACUCUAAUGUG